CAGCGGGCAGCUAAAGGACUGUUUUAUCCUCCAAGAGCGAAGCAUGUGACGGAGCGAAGGAGGAUUUUUAUCAGGAUGAAGGCGGGUUUUCCGGGGAGAUAGUCGCUACCGAGGCGCCAUGUAGGCUGCAGACGGACAGGAAUGUAUGGAAGAGGUCAUUUUUGUGGACUGGGGUAGCGGGUGGGAGGCAACGGCCCCCGCAGUGUUGUGAGACAGGAGGACCGGUGUCAAGCUAGCCAGAGAGAACACGGACACUUCCGGUUGUCAACGUUUUCAAAAAACAGUAAAUUUCGGCAUCUUCGGCUUUAAAAACUCGAAUCAUCAUGCAUAUCAACGCGUGUAGCAACCUUAUAAUUAACGCAGUGGACGUAGCAUCAGCUCUGAAAUAAGCAGUCCUGUUUUCCACACACGUUUACUUUUAAAAGAGAAGCGCUGGGCUUCCGGCCGCAGUGCUUUGCUCUGUCUGGCAGCUUGACGCAGCUAUAAGAGGUUGAAGUUACAAAGCCUUGAGCCAAAACAAGCCUGAACAGCCUCCAGUGGACAACAGCACCGUGUUAUGAAUGGGACUCCCCUCACCUCACUGUGUUUUUGUUAACGAGACAGAUGCCUUUUAAAUCGGAGGAUACAUCAUUGAUUUCAGUGCCAGCCUCGGCGGAGAAUGGAAAAUACGGUUUGAAGAUCAACAUGUAUUGAUCGACAGUGACAAACGAGGAGAAGCCCUUGGACUGGGAGGACACCGGCCCUGACUCUUCCUCCUCCCCCUCCUCCUCCUCCUCCUCCUACUCAUAUCGAUGACGGGGCCCAACUCCCCGAGCCGGGCCGGCACCUCUCCGGCCAAGCUGAGCAGGCACGGCCGCUCCAAGAGCUCCAGCUCCCACUGCCUGCUCCGCUGCAGCCCCGGGGACGAGUCCUCCGCCUCCCCACCCAACAACAGCUCCCGCUCCCCGGGGGAGGAGGAGGAGAAGGACGGCGGCGUUCUGUUCUACGUGAACCGCACCGGUUUCCCCAUCGAGAGCGCCACCUGGGAGAGGAUGUGGGCGCACGUGGCCGCUGUGCACCCCGAGGGCCAGGAGAUGGUGGACAGGAUACGAAACGCUGCGUACCUGCCCAAGCAUCCUGUUCCCUCAGUGCCGACCUUCAAACCGUCCAUGUCAGUCCCAGACUGGCUGGUGGCCAUCCAGAACUACAUGAAGACCCUACAAUACAACCACACAGGAACUCAGUUCUUUGAGAUCAAGAAGAGCCGGCCGCUGUGUGGGUUAAUGGAGACAGCAAGAGAGAUGAUCAGGGAGUCUCUGCCAAUCAAAUGCCUCGAGGCUGUCAUCCUGGGAAUCUACCUGACCAACGGCCUGACGUCCCUGGAGCGUUUCCCCAUCAGCUUCAAGACGCAGUUCUCGGGCCACUGCUUCCACCACGUGGUGCUGGGCGUCUACUGCAACGGCCGCUACGGCUCGCUGGGCAUGAGCCGCCGCCAGGACCUGAUGGACAAGCCGCUGACGCACCGCACGCUGGGCGAGCUGGUGGCCGAGUUCGAGAGCUCCUACAAGAGAUACCAGCACACCCUGAAGAAGGUGAAGAUCGGCCUCUACGUGCCUCACGACCCGCACGUCUUCCAGCCAAUCGAGUGGAAGCACCUGGUGCUGAACGCCGCCCGGCUGGGAGCGCAGGAGAUGAGGAAGGAGCUGGAGAAACACGGCCGGGACAUGAGGAUGAAGAUCCUGAAAUCAUCCAGUGCCCAGUCGCCAAUCAAGGAGCGAAGCCGGGGAAAGUCCUUAUCGCCACGGCGACGGCAGACCAGCCCGCAGCGACGCUACACACACCGCCGAGACAAAUCGCCGGCCUCGGUGGAGAGGAAGCCUCCGGAGCUCAGCACCCUCAACGACGGCUACCAGAUCCGAAUCUGAUCCCCCACCCGCCCGUUCCCAGCCCCCCUCCCCCAGCACCUCCCAGUCCUCCCAGGCCGUCCUGACCCCGAGACUCUCCGCCGGCCACCAGCAUCUUCAAGAGAGGAGGCGCCGCAGUCACCACAGCCUGGACGGAGCCGAUGUAAACCGGGAGGACGACGCGUAUCACUUUGUGUCUGCGGAGGGAAAAUAAAAAGGAUGUUUCAAGGGCGUUGAAGAGGCUGGGACUCAGACAGGAAGUGUCUGUCAGUCAGGUUUCCACGGCUUUAUUCUGGGUGAUGAUUACCCGUCCAGACACCCGCCACGCCGCGGGCUUCUCCUCGUGCUUCUGCAUUCGUACAUUUCAAUCAUUUUCGCCGAUGCGUUUAAUCUGGGCUGAAUGAGAACGAGUGAAAAGGCAGGAAAAAAAAGUGAUUUGAAUGCAAUUUUGGUGUCCGUCGGCUGCAGGUAAUGAGGUGAACAUGAGCCGCCAAAGUGUCCUGAAAUUAGAGAUAAAGUAUUCGUCUGAUCGCAGAAUGAUGAUGAGUGACAAUAGAGGAGGGCUAGCUGAGGGAGGAGGGGAAGGCAGAGAAGCAAAGGUAAGCGUUUGUUCAUAGACACUGCUGUUCAUUCAGCAUCUUCCUCUUUUAUCAGAGGCUCACACGCCGUGCUGAAAGAGUCACAGUAAAACUAGAAAAGUGUAGCGUUCGCUUCUCUUCCUGUCAAAAAAAGAAAAAAAAAAAAUAUAAAAACAUAUAUUUUCUUUGUGGUUCCAGGCUCUGUUUUCUAUAAAAUUAUUUUUUUUUCCCCCCCCCACUUUCACAGCACAGUUUGAACACACUGCCACUCCACAAGAAUUAGCCAUGUGGUUGUUUUUUUUUUUUGUUUUUUUUUUUGGAUGGGACCGCAGAGGCGAUAACGUUACAAGCUGCAGUUUUGCUGUCAGUCUUCCAACAUGGCGGCUUUCAGAGGCCCGGAGUCUGCAGUGAGCCAAAGUCAAUAUCACCAAACUGCAUUAGACUCCCAUUCUGAGCAACCAGCGAAUGCUAAAAUUUAGUAAUAGUUUUUUUUUAAAUGAGGAGAUGAGCUGAUACACACUUUUUUUUUGACAUCAGACACUAAAACAGAAGAGAGAGUGUGUCUGGAUGAAGGAGUUGCAGUGCAGACGUUUGUCCUGAGGAACGAAGCGUUGCUCGCGGUGACCGCUGCCGCCCGCACGGCCUCCAUUCAGAUUCAGCCCCGCUUUGCAGAGGAACCUGCAGCACUUUAAGCAGAGGCAGACCUCCUUAUGCAGAUUGUAUCGACAAUACGGCAUGCUGGGAAAUGAAAGGCAGGGAGAGAGUAGAGGGGGAAAGGAAGGAGGAGAGAGAGAGAGAGAGAGAGAGAAAGGGGAAAGAGGCUGAGAAAGGAGCAGAGAGGAUUCACUGCAGAAGAUCAGACACAGGAAGAUCAUUAGAGCUGGCACUGCGGCAAACCUCCUGUCCUCCUCUCUCUCUCCCUCUCUCUCUCUCUCUCUCUCUCUCUCUCUCUCUCCCUCUUCUCCUCUUCUUUGCCCUCUGUUGGUGAGCCCUGUCAGCAGCUCUGUUUCCAUCCAGCUGUCAGGCGGAUUUUACGCAAACGUUUGAAAUGUCACCAAAAAAUAAGAAGUGAAUGAGGUCUGACUCCGUCGGUGGGGCUGAAGGCUGUGGUGGAAAAAAAAAAAAAAAAAAAAAAAACGAGCUGCGUGAAGGUCACAAAUAUCGACCAGAAAAACAGAAAGAAUCCCUCCAGACUCGGUUUUGCACAAAAGCCCUAAAAGGCCACGGAGUCGCAUGUUUUAUUUACCCUGGGCUGCAGCCGAUUCAGAGUCUCCUCCGUCAAAUCACACGUGACGAUAACCUUUAUGAAAAAUGCCUUUUCUCGCAAAACGAUGUACAUUUCAAGCCUUGAGUAUUGUUCAAAACUUCGAUCGAGUAAAAUAGACCGAAGGGAAGUUAAAAUCAUCAGUGAUGAUUUGUCACGGCGUGCAGGCGGCGCUUUGCUUUGUGGUGACCUGAGAAGUUGAGAUUCGUGUUGGGAUGACAGCUCUUCAGUCUCGUGGCGGUUUAUUCGAUCAGUGCAUCUUAUUUUUUUUUGUUUUGCACAAGAGAAAUAUCCGAGUCAGGAACCAGGGGCUCGUCCCUUCAGGUCUGCGGCCUGUAAGAGUCUGCUCAGUACUGUACACACCGAUGUAUCACCAGGAUUCUCCAAAAAAUCAAAUCAAAGUUCAGUUUGAUUCUGUUUUUUUGGAAACUCCUACCGAGGCCUUUGACGAUUGAAAGCUUGAAAUUCCACCGGGUUUCACACACACAAAAAAAAAACUUGAAAUGAAACACCAGACAGAUGCAAACGCUAAAAUAUCAACACUCAAACAUAUCAAAGGCAAGAUCAGAUACACAACAACAUGCAGCUGUUAUCACCCAGAAACCUGCAGUCAACACAAACACAGAACCACAGAUAUCUGUCAUAUGUAAGAACAUCCAAACGUAUCGACAUGUUAAUACUUUUGUAGAAUGUACUGUAUUUUCUGAAGCCUUCAGACUGACGUGACAACCAUAUCAGCUGGUUUUAAGUUUUCAGAUGAGUGACGUAAAAAAAAAAAAGUCAUCUUUGUAAUCUUUACACAUGCAGGAAAGGUAAAGUGAGCCUGCAUCGUCCUCACCAGCCUCGCCAGGCUUCACUCACACGGUUACAGCUUCGGGUCGAGACGCUCUGAGCCAGCUCAGUAUUCAAACCAGCAACCCUCCCACCCAAAGCCCCCUGGCUCUGCAACACGAGACGAUUUCUGCGCGCAGUCGAGACCUGCGGCUACGUAAUCUCACGUAACAGCAGGAGUCUGAGUUCCUGUCUGUCCGAAGAGCCGUGGGUUCCCAAAACCAUCCGAGGCAGAUCAGCUGUUCCUUAAAGCUGCGACGGGCAACUCUGCGCUUCGGCGGCGCCAAGCGGCAGCCGAGUUUUUGAAAAUUUGAAGGACUUCACUGCCCGGAAAUCAUGAACCGCAAGACCACGUUCACACCGUUUUCUGUUGUCGCCUGCUACAUCUUUUAUUGAGUGAAAAAAAAGAGAGAAAAAAGAGCCUUUUGGUCCGAUGUUACAAACAUGGCCAACAUCGUCGCCACAAAAUUGGUAUUUUCUGUAUGCCGUCUUCUUUUUGCGACCGGUCAGCGGAUAAAAAAAAAAAAAAAAAGCAGUUGAUGUCACAGAUCGUUGCUCUUAAAAGUUAUUUAAGCUGAAACAGACGGCUGGCUGUCACAUGGCUGUUUUUUCCCGCUUCCCUUAAGAUUUUCCAUGUUAAAAAGAUGGUGGCUCCUGCGGGAAAAAAAAAAAAAAAAAAAAAAGCUGGCGGACAGAGACGAAGCCAAAACUUUGUGAGUCCGGCUUUUCCACCAGCUGCUGUUUUACGAAACAGUCGAACUCUUGAUUCGUCGGUUCCUGUACACUGAUCGAUUUUUUUUUUCUGCAGAAUCUCCAGAGUCCGUACUCGACUCAAAAUGUUGCCUAUUGCAGCUUUACCGUGUAUGCAGUGCUUUUGGGAAUCCACAUUAGGCUUUUUUAAACCGUCUCAUCAUCAGCAGGAGGGUUUCCAUCAUCAGUGUCAUAAUCGUCUCUGCACCUUUUCUGUCCGUCGAGUGUCUCUCCGGAUCUCUCCCUGUUUACCGUUGCCAACUGAAAACUACGAUCACGAUACAGUUUUCUACCGUAGCUUUUUGGUUUAAAACAAUAAGCUAUGCACGCUCCGUGUUACCGAGAGAGCAGCCGUAGUCUUCCGCAAAAACCAGGCGACGGGGGGAGUCCGUGGCUCGAUCUGCAUAAAAAACCCAAAAGCCACACUGAACACUAAACACCAAGGAAGACACAGACGUCUGGCGCUCGGAUUCGGACUCAUUUUACUCGCCAAGUACGUUCUAGACCCAGGAAGCUUCAGCGGCUUGGUGCUGGGAUUUAUCCACAACUUAGAGAAGACGAACCCCGCCGUCUUCGUUCCUGUGCGGGUCCAGCUCGAGCCGCUGUGGCUGAUUCGAGGUGCUGCGAAAAAAAACAACAAACAACAAGAGUAUUUUUGCAUGUUUGUGACGUUUCGGCCAGUUAAGAGCACAGGCCAGAGGUCGAGCUUCAGACUGUAGCGUCUCCAACUCUGGCACAAACCAACCAGCUAAACAUGUACGCUCAUGUUUGUAUCGACAGCUACCGUGUUCAUGAAUAUCUAGAGGCUUGACGUUUGUUAUCGUAGAGUAAGAGCACAAUGCGGCGUCGCUUUCAGUUUUCACAGGCUUGGACUGAGAAUAUAUGGCAACAGCUGUAUAAAAAAAGAGAAAACAUCUGGAACAAAGCAUGUUUUCAGCUGGUUUAUUUUUGUAAUUGUACAAAAGUGGUUCAAAUUAGAAAAAAAAAAAAAAGACAAAGCACCAAAAUUUGCAGCGUCGUGUAUUUUACCCGACAACAGUGAUUGAAAACUACCUGAGCUCCUGAGCGAACGCACAGCGCUCUGAAACUCAAACAGCGGGACGAAAACGCUGGUUUUUACUGUGGAAGACGUGGCAACCCGAAAAACAAAGAUGCUAAAGCGAUGUGACUCAAACGAUGUAGCAGCUCAAGUCUUUUUUUUUUUGUGCUUUACAUGGUUUAAACCUGAAACAUCUGAAUAUCUUUACUGAAUGUUUUCUUUUUUUUAUGUUUUUUUGUUUUUUUUUACUUUGGGGUGAUGUGUUUUGACUUUCUCAAUCUGUGUCAUGACAUUUUGAGUUUGUUCGUGUGAUUGUACACUCUCGUUUUGAAUGAAAAGUGUUAAUUAACAGCAGAAGAACACGUUGUACUUGUAGCAGUUGUUCUUUUCGAAGGCCUUUGAUGUGUUUCCAAAGUGCUGCUGACACCAAGUUUCAUCUUAUUCGUGCUGAAGAGCCUCGGCCGUGCACGCUGAACUCAUCCUCGUGUCUCACUUUCUUCAUGUUUUUUUUUUUUUAUUUUCCACGCCUAUCUGCAUCGUACAAGAAACAAACAGACAAAAAAAAAAAUGUCGCCAAGCGCGUCGCCACCCUGAGCCAACGGACAAAGUCAGCGCCGACGUCGUGGGCGUCGUUGGCGGGUGCGUCGCCCCGUCCGAAAAACUGAACCCACGUGAAACUCAAACCUGUUUAAAUGGAGUUCUGUCGCCCUGCUGAAGGACGAAUAUUUUUCUUUUUCCUGUGAAGUCGUAAGCGGACGGAGCCGCCCUGUCGCCACAGAGAACAAACACACACACACUGUCAGACGCUGUGAACACACACCCGACACACCACAGCAGAACGGACUGGAGUCGACCAGCUCAAGACUGAGGAACGCUCUGACUCUGAGUUAAAAAAAAAAAAAAACAUGGAAACUGGUCACAAACACACACACACACACACACACAGAACCACAGCUGACUGCUAUCUGGACUUACCCUCUGAACAAGUCUUGUAUUUUUUUUUUUUUUUUGUUUGUUUCGUUUGGUUUUCUAAGCGAGCCCCGUGCGGGCCGUCCCGGGUUUUCUACGCGAGGUGACCGUGUGUUUUUUUUUGUUUUGUUUUUUUUUUGUAUUCCUGUUGGAGGCUCGUGCCGGGAGGAGACGUGACCCUGUGUGUUGUUAUAACUCUCCCACUGUUCCCUGUGUCAGCGCUCUGACCGCGGUGGUUUUUAUCAGCUGUAGCAGCAUGUGUCCUUUUAAUAAAAGAUCUAUGUUUGUAA